CCCGGAUGGCAAAAAGCCGGACAAACUUUGUCCGGCUUUUUGCCAUCCGGGAGAAACCGGCAGUGUGUGUGAUGCUGUGCGCAUGCGCAGCAUCAGACACGGCUUCAGAAAAAACCGUUGUGUGUGAAAGCUCCCCUUCACCUUCACCUUCCAGUGGUGAGACCCGGCUGCAACCCGGCAGCCGGGCCGGGGCCGUGCAGUGUGAAGGGACCCUAGCCCUCACACUGUUAACUACAAUGCUGGCACGGGAAAAAGCCGUCCGGCUUUUUCCCGGCCGGCAAAAGCCGGAUAGUGUGUUUCAGCCCUUGGUGUGCCUUGAGGACCGUGGUUGGGAAUGCCUGCACUAGAGGGAAGAAUUCGUUGAUGUGGGAGUGUGAGGUGAUUACCACCACAGGAAGAAGUUUGCAGCAAAUCUUAAAUGCAGAGAGGAUAUGUAUCCCAUUCCAAAUACAAGCUCCCAAUGUGGCCAGAAGCCUGGCAUGGCUGGAAGGCGGGUCACACUGCCACGUACGGAUGGCCAACAGAGGAAGAGGUCCUGUGCUGCUCUUGUUGCUUCAUUAGACAGUGAUUACAAGGCUGCUUAAUGUACUGUUUAAUUGCGGCCUCCUUGUUGAGUGCUUGGCUACUCCCCAUAUGGACUUCUAACUGAAAACGUACUGGAACGCCAAAUCUGUCCCAUCUUCUUGGGAUUUGCUUGAGAAUGUUAAGAGGCCAUGAGAGCACCAUACUGUUUAUUAGUACAUUGACAUUUAAAUGGCAACGCAUUUUUAUACAUUCAAGCAUAAAACCAACUGAAUUUCUAAUUUAACUGAAUGCGGGCACAUUCCUGUGAAUACUGGUAGUAACCUAGAGUUUAGAUUUUCCGUACUUUUUCCAUACAAAAGCAUUAGAAGUUUUAAAAAGGAAUUCUCUAUAGCCGUAUGCCAAAGAAACAGAACACACAUUUGGUAACAUUUUUUUGACAUGUGUUUCAGUCUGUCAUAUUCCUGCUGAUAACCGACAGCGACAAAAGUCCAUGGAUUGUCUGUACGUAUGAGUAGCAGGAUGCAGUUGUAGAUUGUUCAAUUAUCCCCUGAGAUUCUAUUGUCCAUGCAGAACACAGACUUGUAUUCCUUUAUAGACAUUUCAGAGCAUGCACCACUUUUAUGUCCGACCAGUGAUCUGAUGACACCACAUUUGGAUGAUAACACACGCCAAGACCUGGAAGGAGACUAUGUGGACCUUUUAGAUACUGCUGACCAAGCAGAAAAGAAUCCAUUCUCUUCUGGGUAUCAGGAAAUGGGGGAUUCAAACAGGGUUCCAAAAGUUAACGGAGAUCCUGUUUCGAGCGUUGCUAUUAAUAAGUGGGUGUGUGGGAGAAUUCAGAGCAGCGAGGAGGGCGUGUGUACCCCGUGCCUAAGGAGGAAAUUCAACAAAGAUUUGGAUAUCAAGGAAACAAAGUGUCGCUUUCGUCAGUCAUACUUUGCUGCUCUUAAAAAUCCAGUUAAGUUCAACUCUGCACCAAUGGCUGAUAUUUUGGAGGACACAAUGAGCAGAUCCACUACUUUUGCUGCCCUAGAAAGCCCCAUUUGCUCACGUCGAAAAAAUCAAACCCAGAUGUCUUCUUCCUGGCUUUUCCUAGGAAAAAUAGACUCAAAGCCUGGAGACAUACAUGUACCGAGCCCUACAAGAAAUACCAAAACGACUCCAUCACCUGGUUCAGACUUCUCUUCCCCAUCUCUUGUACACAGAUUCUCCUUCCUAAGAGGCCAACGCAACUCCUCAUCAGCAGGCGAUGGCCUCGCCAUGGAUUCUAGCUCAAACCAAUAUGGUGGCACAUGGAGGAGGGUAUCUGCAGUCUGUUCCCCUCGACUUAGCAGGGCUAAGUUCUCUGGAAAAGGGUCAGUGUCCAACUCUAACCCCGGAAUUGAGGUGACAUCUUCUGUCCAAAAAGUGCCAUCCAAAACUGGGCUUUGGGUGUCUAUUGUAGGGUCUCCAUCAAGAGGAGCCAUUCCCUGGGAGCCUAUUACUGAUACUCCAAUUCAAUGUCAGGAUCUGAGUGCCAAGUUAUUAUAUUCUGGAAUUGCUUGUCUUCCAGGAAGUCGAGACAAGAUGGGCAGAGCUAUAAUCCAGGUGACCACAGAUAGUACAGCAUGGGAUGCUACAUGGUGCUCAGUGAGAGAGGUGGCACGGCUCAUUCUCUACCUUUGUUCUGUGGCCAGGAAAGAACUGAAAGACCUGGGACUCAUGGUGUUAGUGGAUGCCAGGAAGCACCCUCCGUCUCCAUGCCUUCUUGCAGCAAUGCAGUGUGCUCAGGCAUCUGCUCCCUGCAUCCAGAACAUUGUAAUCCUGGUAGAAAAGGAGACCUCACCCCAGCUGGACAGGGUACCUGGGCUACAGGUGGAAGUUCUGACAUCGCUGAAAUCUCUGGGUCGGUACGUGGACAUUGGCCAGCUGACCUGGGAUCUGGAAGGCACUUACCCGUAUUGUCAUAGCGAGUGGGUCCAAUUUUAUCAGAAGCUGGAUGCUUUCUUGGCAGACCUCCGAAAGGCCUCUGAUUUGCUACAACAUGCCAUUCAGGAACUGGGUGAGGGCAGCACCCCACAAGACUCUAAGGAAGCAGAGGGUAAAAUGAGCCAGUACCGGGAGCUGAUGAAAGUGGUUCUAAGUGACUCACGUCUAGUGUCCUUACAGCGAGAAGGGGGGACCACAUUGGCCAGACUACGCAAAGAGGCAACUCGUUUCUACUGCUCACAGGAUGUCAGGUGUGCUGUGGAGUCUGCUGUGCAAAUGUAUAAUCACCUGGAGGAGCGCGUGCAUGCUCUAGUGACUAAGUCAAACCGUAGACUGGAGCUUUUGGAGUCUAUGCUGAAGAUACAAGAUCUGGAGACACAGUUCAGCAAGCUCAGCUCUUGGAUGGAUGUAGAUGGAGAAUAUCAGCUGCGUGAGAUGGACACUAUGGAAUGGUCUCUGGAAAGCCUUGAAAAAUAUCACAAAAGGUUCAAGGAUUUCUUUCUCCAAGCAACAGUACAUUAUAACCAUGGGCUGGUCCUUCUAGAUGAUGCAAAUAAAUUCAGUGGAUCAUUGUUUUCAGAAAUGGAUUCUUUCAAGGUCACAAGAGGAGGCUUUCAGACCAAACUAAGUAGCUUCUACAUGAGUGUGGAGAGGCAAAAGGAGGAGCUGGAGAAACUUCUGAAUCUAUACAGGUUUUGUGACAAGAUCACACAGCUCACUGUGAGCUGCAACCGGUACUUGGGGCAGUUGAAGGUCACUGAACAAAGACUGUGCCAACCAGAGACCCAACAGUGUCUAGAGACCUAUCUUCAACGAUUAACAGAGGAAUUGUCAGAUGACAAAUUCCAGGAGAUGAAAGAGGAAUCCUACAAUCUGAGCAGUUGCCGUGGACUGGCUGUGUGGAAUGAGACUUGGCUAAAGUGUCAGGAAGCCAGGCAACUAGUUGAAGAGACUCUAGAUAAAUGUAAGGAUGAGCAAAAUGCAGCAGCAUUAGCUUGGCACAAGGAUGCCCCAUUGGCCUCUAGUGUCAGCAACCAAAGAGAUGACACUGUAGUGAAUUUUUCAAGUGACGUUUCACAUGGAAACCGAAAGGAAGAAGAAGAAUUCAGGCCUCGGGGCAGCAUGAGGUCUGCAGAAUCAACAAUUAUAAACUGCUGUAGUUUUGGUCUCCAUGCAGGCUCCAUGGGUCUUUUUCUGAAGGCAUCCAGGAGCCACCGAAGUAGUCGAGCAAGAAGAGAGAAUGCAACCUCCCAGGGAUGUUCAACCAUUGAAGAGUCCAAGAACAACAAUGGGUCAGACCAUGAAAACACAGAGCUAAUGGCACAAAAUUCCAACAAUGAAGCUUUGGAAAUUCUACAAACUCCCAGUCCAAAGUUUUCAAGGUCUGCCCCAGUACAAUCACCUUUGGCAACCAGUACAGAGCACUUCCCUUGGGCUUGGUCCAAUAGUGAUGACUCAAACAGUCUGCUCCAGGGUGACAAUAAUAAAAUAAAGAAGCAGUCAGGGAGACAAUGUGUUCUUACUAGACAUGCCAGCUUCUCCACAGGGGAUUCAGUCUCCCAGUACUCAUCAAAAUGUUCCUCAGCCAUUUCUCCUUUGCUAGCAAUGGAACCACUUAUCCCACGCCUUCCCUGGAUGAGGAGAGCUAUGACUGAGUCACCUCGGGACAGUGACUGGGCAGCAAAGUUCAAUUUUGCUAAACUCCACAGGAUCAUGGAGGAGCUGCUGUCAACAGAGAGAGACUAUGUUUGUUCCCUGGGUUACGUGCUUUCCCACUACCUCUGUGAGAUGGAUCAGCCAGACCUCCCGCCGGCCUUGCGCGGACAGCAUGCUGCCAUAUUUGGGAACCUGGAAAAGCUCUAUGAGUUUCAUAGCCACGUUUUCGUCCAGGAGCUUACAGGCUGCAGAAGGGACCCAAGUCACGUGGGCUGCUGCUUCCUGAAGCACAAGGAACAGUUUGGACUGUAUGCUUUUUACAGCAAGAACAAGCCCCAGUCUGACAGGUUGCUGCAGGAACACGGAGCAGCUUUCUUCAAGAGGAAGCAGCAGGAGCUGGGUGACAAGAUGGAUCUCUCCUCCUACCUUCUAAAACCUAUCCAGCGCAUCAGCAAGUACAGUCUGCUCCUGCAGGAAAUGGAAUGGGAAUGUAAGGGGCAAAGCACGCGGGAGGGCGAGCUAAAAGGAGCACGUGAGGUUGUGCGAUUCCAGCUCCGUCAUGGAAAUGAUCUCCUUGCUAUGGAUGACAUUCAGGACUGCGAUGUUAACCUGAAGGAGCAAGGCCGACUCCUGCGUCAAGGAGAGUUUAUGAUCGCCUACAGAAAGAGAAAGUGCCUCAGGAGAGUCUUUUUGUUUGAGGAUCUGAUUCUUUUCAGCAAAAGCAAAAGGGCUGCUUCAGGGAAAGAGAUCUAUAUGUACAAACAGUCCUUUAAGACUUCUGAGAUUGGCCUCACUCACACACUGGGAGGCAGUGGACUUUGUUUCGAGAUCUGGUUUAGAAGAAGGAAAUUGGAAGACACGUACACUUUUCAGGCUCCCUCUGCUGAUGUCAAGGAGGCCUGGACUUGUGAUCUGCAGAAGAUUCUCUGGGACCAAGCUAUCAAGAACCGAGAGAUGCGCAGACAAGAGCGAGUAUUCUCUGGUUUGGGGUGUAAACCGUUCACUGACAUCCAGCCAAGUGAAGCAGCCAUCAGCAGCAGAGCCAUCCCCCUGACGGGUACUGGAGAUGAAAGUCUUCACUCCUCCCCAUCUACAGCUUUACCAUUCACAACCUCCCCACCUCCACUCCGCUCCAUGUCAGUAGGGUCUCGGAGCAGCGCUAGUAGUGCUGUUUCCCUUGGAGGCUGUUCUUCUACCUCCUCCGGCCGUGGUUCUCUCAGCCCCCAGCAUGGAUGCCCUGGAUCUGAGCCCCCAUGGAGAUGCUGUAGGACAGAACCCACCCAUGAUAAGGAAGCCAACAUCUUUCUAACUGCCAGCUCUGGUUCCUCAGAAGGAAGUGUCAGUGGAUUCAGCUCCCCAGAAUCAAGUCACAUGCCAGUAGGGCAUAUCAACAUGUGCUACCCUCUAGACUGCUGGCGCCCCCUACAUGUUAUCGACAAGCCUACAGAAAGCAGCAUCCCAUGAAAGCAAUGGACAUAGAAUCAGUGGAAAGUCUUCAGAAACUCUCAAUGUCUAGUCAAUUAAUUAUUACCUAUAUUUAUGUGCCUUUCAUUUAUAUAUGUAAAUAAAUGUUACGUUUUCAGGACACUGAAA